AUGCCGCUCUGUCUCACCUUUAUCGACUUGAAGAAGCCCUUCGACUCAGUUGAGACGGAAGUGGUCAUGGAAGCCUUGGAGAACCAAGGCAUCCCUACUCAGUACGUAAAGCCAAGUGGAACGAAUGCUGACCGAAUUCGACGAAACAUGCAUCGGUCUUCAGCUGAAUCUGCAAAAGACGAUGUUCAUGUGCAACGGAUGGGUCUCGGAUGCCCCAUUCACGCUCGCCGGACGAACAUAUCCGAAUGCACCAGCUACGUUUAUCUGGGUCGGGAAUUGAACAUGAUGAACGACCUGACCCCCGAGCUGGGCAGGAGGAGACGAGCGGCUUGGGGAGCGUACAAGAGCAUCGAGGAUGUAGUGAAGAAGGCCAGGAACACCCGGCUCCGUGCUCACCUCUUCAACACCACCGUACUUUCUGCUUUGACCUAUGCUUCGGAAACCUGA